UAAGAAUUAAUUUUCUGGUGUAACUUAGUCAGUCAUUUGUAUUUUCAUGGAUGCACCUCCUCUAUCUCUUGCUGAAUUUAUGCAAGUUUUGUGGUAAGGAUGACGAAGAUGAUAAUCUUAUGUUUUUCCACUGGGAAUAUUCAAGAGUUCAGCUGUAUUUAUGCAUUUUUUGCAGCAAGGAUGACUUUAUUACCAAUGAUCAAAUGCAGAUCAUGUUAUAUGGGGGAUGCCCGGAAAAACAUAGAUUGAGCAAAUAAGAUUUCUGCUGGUGGUAAAAGUAAAGAAAGACAUGAGUACCAAUAAUUCCAGUAACAAAAAUGCGUCAGUUGUAUGUUAUUCACCAAGCUUGAUCACAACAAAUGGAAUAUGGCAGGGUGAUGAUCCACUGGAUUAUUCUCUCCCUCUAUUCAUUUUGCAGCUCACCCUCAUUGUCACCUCGACUCGUAUCCUUGUGUUCAUUCUCAAACCCUUUCGCCAACCUAGGGUCAUCGCGGAGAUCCUUGGUGGCGUGCUCUUAGGCCCAUCGGUGCUGGGAAGAAUUACUGAAUUUGCCGAAAAGGUUUUUCCUCUUAGAAGUGUAAUGGUAUUAGAAACAAUGGCAAACGUAGGUCUCCUCUAUUUCUUGUUUUUAGUGGGUGUGGAGAUGGAUCUAUCUGUGAUUAGACGCACUGGUAGAAAGGCUUUAAUCAUUGCUCUGGCUGGGAUGGCUUUACCAUUUGCCAUAGGAGCUUCAUCUGCAUUUUUAAUACCUGGUCCUGGUCCACAAAAAGGUCCAGAUGGUAAAGACAUAAAAGACAGUAAAGACGUAAAUAAAUGGACCUACUUUCUUUUCUUGGGUGUGGCGCUUUCAGUUACAGCUUUCCCGGUUUUAGCUAGAAUUCUUGCAGAACUAAAACUUCUGAAUACAGAACUUGGUAGAAUAGCUAUGUCAUCUGCCAUAGUUAAUGAUAUGUGUGCUUGGAUAUUAUUAGCUGUGGCUAUAGCUCUUGCAGAAAGUGGUGGGAGUGAAGCUUCCGCCAGCAGUUGGGCUUCUUAUGCUUCGUUGUUCGUUGUGCUCUCAAGUGUUGCCUUUGUGGCUUUCUGUAUUUUGGUAAUCAGGCCAGUGAGGUGGAUUAUAAGAAGAACACCCGAAGGAGAAAAUUUUAAUGAUUUCUAUAUUUGUCUCAUACUAACGGGAGUUAUGGUAUGUGGGUUUAUAACCGAUUCAAUCGGAACUCACUCAAUUUUUGGUGCAUUUGUGUUUGGAUUGGUGAUACCAAAUGGGCAACUAGGUACUGUACUGAUUGAAAAACUGGAGGACUUUGUGUCCGGUUUGUUGUUGCCCUUGUUUUUUGCUAUAAGUGGGUUGAGGACUGAUGUAACAAAAAUGAGGAGUCCAAGUGAAUGGGGAAUGCUGUUGCUGGUUAUAAUUUUGUGUAGUCUGGCAAAAAUAUUUGGAACUUUUUUGAUAGCACUGUUCUACCAGAUGCCAUUUAGAGAAGGAAUUGCUCUUGGAUUGCUCAUGAACACUAAAGGUCUUAUUGAGAUGAUCGUGCUGAAUGUUGGGAGAGACCAGAAGGUACUGGAUGACCAAGCCUUUGCAAUCAUGGUAAUCGUAGCUGUAAUUACGACUGCCAUUAUAACUCCAACUGUAACCGCAGUGUACAGACCGGCAAGACGUUUCGUUCCAUACAAGCGCAGAACAAUACAGAAAUCCAAACCAGAUGCUGAAUUCCGGAUAUUGGCCUGCCUCCACACGCCCCGUAACGUCCCAACUAUCAUUAACCUUCUGGAAACCUCUUACCCAACCAAAAAGUCCCCAAUCUUUCUUUACGCCCUCCAACUCGUUGAACUCACAGGCCGUGCUUCUGCCAUGCUCAUCGUUCAUAACACUCGCAAAUCCGGACGACCUGCUCUGAACAGAACUCAAGCCCAAUCUGAUCACAUCGUAAGUGCCUUUGAAAAUUACGAACAACAUUCAGGAGCUGUCUCAGUUCAACCCCUCACUGCCAUUUCUCCUUACUCGACCAUGCACGAAGACAUAUGUAAUCUUGCCGAGGACAAAAGGGUUGCACUGAUCAUUGUUCCUUUUCACAAACAACAAACCAUUGAUGGAGGAAUGGAAGCAACAAAUCCAGCUUUUAGAACUGUCAAUCAGAAUGUACUGGCAAAUGCUCCCUGUUCUGUUGGAAUCCUUGUAGAUCGGGGAUUAGGUGCCACAGCAAGAGCUGCUAGUUCCCACGUUACCCACAAUGUCGUCGUUCUGUUUUUUGGUGGCCCUGACGAUAGAGAGGCAUUGGCUUAUGCUUCGAGAAUGUCAGAGAACCCUACUGUUAAUCUGACAGUCAUCCGGUUCCUUCCUGGAGAAGAAGCAAGAGGGUGGCAACAGGAGAAUGAAUCCAAGGAUAAUGGAAUGAAUGUUGUUACUGAUAAUGACAGGGAGAGACAGAUCGAUGAUGAUGUUAUUACUGACUUCAGAAUGAAAACGGCUAACGAUGAAUCAGUUGUAUAUAUGGAGAAAGCCACCAACGACGGAGAAGAGACAGUGUCGACUAUUAGAUCUCUGGAUAAUAUCCACGACCUCUAUAUAGUUGGAAGGGGACAGGGGAUGGUAUCACCACUUACUGCUGGACUUACAGAUUGGAGUGAGUGCCCGGAGUUGGGACCAAUUGGAGACCUACUUGCUUCGUCAGAUUUUGCUGUAACAGUGUCAGUCUUGGUGGUGCAGCAAUAUGUUGGAAUGGGUCUUCAAGGUGAUGGAGUAGCAACACCUGAUAGCCCUGCACAGCAACAGCCUGACCAACAAUUCGACCUACACCAACAAAGAGGAGCAAACAACAAUUAUAACAACCAAGGCAUGCAGUCAUGGCAGCAAGUAAAUCUUCGUUGGGUUUAUGCAAAUUCUGGAACGGGGUCAGCCGUUCGUUCCUUUUACAGCAAUAUAUUGUAGUAGCGUGGCUUACAAGGACUUGUGAUGCAUUUAAUUUAGAGUAUUGCUUGAGGAAAAAAAAACCGUUAGCCCGAAUUGAUUAUUUAGUCUCAAACCCAUUCAACUAGGUAUAAACUCAUUUGUUUGUUUAAAAUAUGAACUUUGGGACAACAUAUUUUAACUUUGCAAAUUUUAUAUAUUUGGAAAGCUCUUUGCG